AUGUUUAGGUUUUUUACGACCAUCAAGAAGUUGGAUGGCGGCCAUGCUGACACCACGGAAAGGGUGGGCGAGAGAGAUGAGGCGGCGGUUGCGGCGGAAUUCACGAGGUUUCUUAGUCUGCCCUCAACAGAAGGGAUUCGCUCCGAGAUUGAAAGGCUGGAUAGUCGCUGCGGGUCCUCCAGCUAUGUGUAUCCGUAUUCCUCGGACACCGGCCUUGAAGCAUCCGUCUUGGCGCUGCUUGACGGCGCGUCUCCGCAGCCAGCCUUACCCGCACGGCUACUGACGCUGCUGCUACAGCGCCUGGAGUACGCUUGCGCCCACGUUGAGGAAGAAGAAGUUGCCGACUUCCUCCAGGUCUCGCUGACCGCCCUACAUGCGCUACUCCUGACCGAUGAAGCAAGGUUCGGGCCAAUGAUGCUGGCGCUUGGCCUCGAUGACCACUUGCUGCUUGUGCUACAAUUUGUUCGAACGAAUGUGAUGAGUCGAAUCUCCGCGUGGACCAAGACGACGACGGCGGCCGCGCCGACGCCUAGCACGGCUAUCCCACCCGAGGACCUGAGCGAACCCCCCUACGACAGUGGGACACGCUAUUUUCCAAAUGCCACUUUGCAACCUCAUCUCAUGCGACGGGGUGCGAUGCUGCGUAUUCUUCGCGAAACGAUGCGGCUGUUAUUGGCACUCCACUUUACUCCCGCGCCCACGGCGGCCGGCGUCACAGGCAUGUCGUCGCACAGUUUGUUUAUGCGUGGGAUGAUCCGUUAUCGGGCGGACAGCACCACCUUGCUGCCCUCGACGACGACGACGACGACGACGACGACGACGCAGCCGCUCGCCUCUCCCGCCACGGAGGCAGCAGUUGGAGCUGCCAGUGCUGCAGCCGCCCCCCUCGCGUGCAGCGAGGGAAUGUUGACAGAGUGUGGGCAUCUCUUUUUGUGCCUCUCAAAGGGUGCGCUGGACCUAAGUAUGCCGGAAGAGGCGGCGGCGGCGACGGAGGAGGAGCGGGAAAAAGAGGCAGAAGAGGGUAACGUGGUUGCAGAGGUUGUCUGCUCGCUAGUCCUCCUUAUGUCAAGGCUGUACCGGGAGCCAAGUGAGUGGGUAAUGCACGUCACCCUUGCCGGUAUUGGCGUCCAACUUGCCCGAUUUAUUGUGACAAAAGAGCGGGGGGAGUCGCUCGACCUGCUGCGGCAGUUGUCUUCCGGCUUGUUGCUGGCCGCGAAGCUGCUGAAGGAAUCUCCGUUGCUCACCAUCGAGGCGAUGAGUUCGGUGUAUUUUUUUGACAACUUGGCGGGCGCGUUGCAGCUGGUGGGGCGACAGUACGCAAGUGCCCGCACCGACGAGAGCUAUCUGCGAGCGCGAGCGGACGCGCUGCAGCAGCUGCACUCCGUCACGGACUUGGAGGCCUUUCGCGUGCGCAAGCUCUCUGAAAAGGUGCUUCACCUGCCACGUCCACGUUUUGAGCGGCUGGCGGAGGAUGCUACCGUGGACGAGUUUUUGCAUUGCUAUAUUAGUUUGCUAGAGACUCAGCGUCUGGUGAGGACGACGGUGGAAGUGCGACGGGAUCCGGCGCUGCUCCGCGUGUUCGCAGAGAUUGAGCUGACACUAAUCAAGGCGUUGUUGGAUGCCCCCACUUCCCUCGCCCCAGAAUCCUGCAUGUACGAGGCAUUGAUGAAGUACACCAUUGCCUCCCUUCCUUUACAUGACCUGGGGGCAGUGGAGAUGCAGCGUGUUACCCUCAUACGCCCAUUGAUCAACGCUGGGCUCUACCGCAUCUUGUUUCACGAUCAGGCCUUUAGGGCGUUUCGAGACGAUCCACGCCUGUACUACGCGGCGGUAUUUCUGCUGCAUUACAUGCUUACGCACCGCCUCUCCUCGCUGGAGGACCACGUGGAGGAAGAGGUGGGCAUCACACUUGAUGCCUUCCUUAACACUGACGUGGAGGAAGCAUCGCAGGAGGCACAGGAGAGGACAUCACUCAUGUGCGCGAUUUUGAUCUCCGCCGUGUACGGCCCCAAUGCGGCCCAUGUUUUGGAGGCCCUCAUGCAACGAAACGCCAUAUCGAUGUUUGCUGCGAUUGCCAACAAAGCUAGUAUCUCCAAUAUGCGCAAGCAGGAAGCGGGUGAGGUUGGCGACGGCGAUGCUGCUGGUGCUGGUGGUAGUCUUGGGGAGUGGGUGACGUACCUUUUGACGCAGCUAUUGCGUCAGCCCGAGGUGCAGCAGGGGGUGCUGCUCAAUCAAGCCGAAAUUGCUUUCUCGCUUCUUACCGUACGCGACAUUCGAGGCAACGCGGAGCAGAUGGUGGUGUCGCUGCUUUCGCAUCGCUGCGUUGAAGCGGAGUAUACGCAACGGAUGACGCCGCUGGUAAAAUGCACCUGGGAGUUGGUUCGUCAGUGUGUGAGAAUCGAGACGGAGGGGUCGCCCGUCGCCGCACCCAUCGAAGCCGAUGACGAGGAUCACCUUUUACUCUCCAUAUUGUACUGCAUUCGUGCCUCACUCCAACUUCUUGCUGUGGAUUUGCCGUGUUGGGGUUUCGUGCGACAACUGCAGAAUGCCCUCUGCGGAAGCGUCAUCAACACCCCGGAUCCCUUUCUUUGCCUGCUGCAUCGGGCAAUUCUGCCCUGGCGCGGUGUGCGGGCGUCUCACGGUCUCUCGUGCAUCCUGCAGACGAUCGCCAUGCUGGUGCAGGGAAAUCCAGCCCUGCGUGCUCGUCUUUUUCAGACCAUGGACGCAGAGCAACUGGUGACUUGUUUUCAAGACGCAUGGUUUGCUUCGCGUGGGGGGUCGUGGCUGGACUUUGUUCGCCUCAUUCUUCUGCUUGUGUACGAGGAGGUGGGCGACGCACAAGAGGGGGGUGCGCCGUCCACGUCGAAAAGGAAGUCCAGCACCACGGCUUUGUUGGCACAGCUCAAGGAAGACGCCGGCAUACAAAAUCCCGAGCUGUUGUCGCCUCUGUUGCGUAUCUUUUCGAAGCUGAGUGAAUUCAAUAAGAGACAUCGAGACGCACUGGAGUACCUGCUGGCCCGUCUCUUGCGGACCUUGAAGGCCUCGCUGGUCUCCUUGUGGAUGCUGGCCAAUGCGGGCGUGUUUGAGGUUUUGACGGCGCUGAUUCCUGUUGUCACCGGCACCGCUCUGCUUGAGAUGGUGCUGUCGCUGAUUAUGAAUAUCGCCAGCCACCACAUCAGCGUCCGUGAAACAAAGCAGUUUUUGAUUGGUAUUGCCCAUACAGAGAGCGAGGAGGAGCGGCGGAGGAUGGUUCCCAUCGUCACGGAGGUGCUCAAUGCCGCCUCCUACAUGUUUUUAAAGCAGCAGACGGAGCGACAGAACUACAUUGCCUUCCGCGAGUGCAGCGGACCGACGGGGGUGAAAGCCAUAUUGGCAGAGUUCCCACAGGACGGAUACACCGUGUGUAUGUGGGUGCGUAUGGAACGGCGCGCGGACUGGCGUAUGCCGCAGUGUAUCUUUUCCUUGCAAAAUAUUGAGAAACGGACCGUGUUGGAACUCGUCGCCACUUUGCAUGGAGUCUCGGUCGUAUUUCAGAAUGCACAAAAGAAAACCUUGGAGCUCGACCUGAACUGCAGCAUCCCACCACAGACCUGGACACACUUGGCGGUCGUGCAUCGACAGGCCGCAUUCCCUUUUAGUGGGAGCGAAUUUUUAUGCUUUCUCAAUGGAGUGGAAGUUGCCGCGGUUUCCCGGGUUCACUACCCCCCACUCUCCCUUGGCUUCUUCUACAUUGGAACACGGGGCGAAGACGUGCUACAGCGCUCUUCUAGAAGCUCCUUCACUGGGCAAAUGACUGCGGUCUACUUUCUCCUGCGUCCACUGCCGCUGAAGGAGGUCGUGGAGUUUUUCAUGGGAGACACGGGUGUGACAAGCGUGAAGCAGUACGCCUCGCAAAUUGCCGUGUAUAUUGAUCCCCGCUUUGGCGAACGUGGUCAGGUUCACAAUUUGGCGACGCUGAUGCGUAGUCGCGCGUCCGAGCUGCCGUUGAUCACCUACGAAGGCACCAUCGCGUGCAGCACAAACAGUAUCAUUGACUCCCUCUGUGUGCUUGGUGCACUACAUACGGUUGUGGUGCCGCUGCUGGUGCUACUUGUGAAUCCGCAACUUCCGUUUCAGUGCCGUGUGCCGCCGGCAAAGCGGAAGCCCGUGCCGGAGGCCACUCGCAAGGCGGUGGAUGAUCUCUUGAAACUUGUGGAGUCACUUCUGCUUAGCAACAUUGUCCGCGCCGACGUGUUGGAGGUGGGCCUUUUCCCUAUCAUUGCCCAUGUUCUGCAACAGUUUGUUGACUACCACUGCCCCAACCUCGCCCAGCGACUGGGCAACAUGUGCAACGCCCUCCUAUCAAAUGUUGCUAUUUUUGACGCGGCGUACGCCUCACUUUUUCUUUCGGGGGACCUCUUGCAGGCGUGCUCCGAGGCGACGCAGUUGACGCUGAUCAAAACACAACUUGCCAUGUGCAGCAUAAACAGUGAACUGCGCCAACGUGUGCAUGCGCUGGAGUUGCCCAGCUUUGUCGUGAGCGAGAUGAUUCACGUGUACAACACUCUCUCCGGGCAUCACGUAGCCAUGCGAAACGAACUCUUUGCUCUCUUGGAAGUUACUGUGGUGGACCCGCUGACAAUGAAUGACGCGGAUGCCCUUCUGCGUCUAAUAACUGCAGCUGUAAAACAAGGUGAAUCGGCAAUAUUAUUUGGAAUUCUUGAGCGGUCUCGCAUUUUAAUUGCCACACGUAACCCCCUUCUUGCUGCCUUUAUGGGCAAGAAGAACUUUGCCGCAAUCCUUAUCUCGCUUCUAACGGAUUCUUGUGCGCCAGUUCAGACUGAGGCACUGCUGCUCUUUUGCCUGCUUGUGAGUCGCUCGCGGCGGACGCAGGAGUUGCUGAAUCCCACCCUACUAUCUCCACGCGAGGCUGUCCGCGUCACCAGCGGGAUUUCGCUCUCAUGGCUCAGGGAAGCACUUCACGCCGUGCCUGUGGGUGUGGAGUUGUACACCACACUGCGUGCUGCCCUCACUGGCCGGUUUGAUGCACCUAUAAAGGAUUGUCUAGAGUUGAGGCGAGAGGACAAGCUUCUCUUUGCCCCCGCCCUCACACCACUGCUGCAGAUAGUGAAACGGUCUCAGGAGACGGCGUUGAAGCAACGGGCUAUGUCCGAUGUUGCCGCGUUGUUGCAGCAGGAUCCCUCGGCGUGGAAAAGCCUCGUGUCGGUGUCAGGCUGGUAUGCGAGCCUUGUGGACUCGUACCUUUCGGAGGAUGUUGCCCAGGAUGAGCAGACGCGUGAGGAAUCGCCACUUUUGGCGUCAACGAAGGCGAUAUUCGUCAAGGUGAUUUUUAACGCGCUUCUGCAUGAGGCGUACGGAGCCUCCGAACUGGAACUUUUCGUGGCGUAUCUCGUGCAGCAGCGUGCUCAUGUCCUACUGAACGCAGUCUUGUUGGGGGUAGUAAAGGAGUAUAGUGCAUUGCUUUCCACGCGUUAUCAUAGUUUUGGUGCGGCGCACCUCGGCCUCGGCAACCAACAGGCAGCCACGAACUUCACAACGUUUCUAUUUGCGAUUGAGGAUGUGAUGUUUUACUCAGCCACUACCUACCAAACGUACGGGGUGGCGCGGCCGGUGGAGUCGAUCUGGAAGCGAGGAUACACAGAGGAAGAAGAGCUUGUGCUUAACCCAGUGAAGUGCCAUGCACACGACUCUCAGCAACAGCCUCAAGCGGAGGCAGAAGAAGAGGCGGGAGCAGGCGAAAUGUCAGAGGGUCGUUCGUUUGCUGGUGGUGAGACUCUGCAGCUUCGCAUUCAUCCCGAUGGCGUUUGGCUGCAUGCGGCUCUUGCUGUAAGCACCAUGUAUCUUAUUACGUCACGUGAUGCAGUGCUUCAUUCAGGUGGGACAAACAAUGGCAGCACCUUGGAUUUCUCUCUGCGUGGACGUCGGUUUCGUAAAGGAGGGUUUUUGCGCUUUUUUGUGCGCCUUUUUCGUGUCACGUGCAACUUUACCUUGCGUGAUGGGGGGCAGGUGGAAGGCAUUUUGUUGGUGGCAGAGCGCUGGGUACGCGCGGUGGAGAAGGAGCAGAGCUCCUUCCUGCUGCUUCGUCGCCAGGUGACGGAGCAGCGGGAGCACUCGUCGCUCUCCGGUUCCAUGAUCAUGGUUGCCAGCCUGCACGACCUCCUCGCUCGGCGUUUGCGCUUCUCUGUAGAGGGCGCCUCCACUUUGUUUGAGGACUUGAACCAUGAAAUCCUGGAUCGUAUCAAGUGUCUGUGCAUUCUGUACAGAAAGACUCUUUUUCAGAUGCAGAUAUUUCAAACAGAGCGUCCCUCGGAUGAAAGUGCGCCGCAGACUCGCAUGGAUACACUUGCCUGGUUGUGUUCCAGGCGACGGGAGGGGUCCAUUGUGGAGUUUGUGGAGGUGGCGUCGCGACAGGACUAUGAUGUUUUUCUGCGUCAGUGCACCCUCAUCCUGGAGCGGGACCGGCUGACCGAAAAGCUCAUGGCGCGCCUUAUUGAGGAGGAGCACGGCAAGGUCAUGGGACGGCUGCACAGGAUUAUCACGGAACUCAGUGUGGCCCGUAAGCAGAUGCUUGAUGCACUGGAGCAAUAUAUGCAGGAAGCAUCCACGGAAACCGAAGGGGCAGGGACGCUGACAGAAAGAUUUGCCCCACAAACGGCGCGUACGCUUGCCAUGGUGGUGUUCAACGCCAUCUGGGCGCGUUUUCUGGAGCGGUGCAAGGGCACCAUCUGGGAUUUUGACCCGGCCGGACAACACAGCACCAAAUACGUCCGUCUGUCGGAAGUGGAGCAGCAGCAGCUUGUUCGUCGCAAAUUUGUGUUUGACGCCAAUGGCACGGACCACGCGAAUAUCUCAACCAUGGGAUCUUCCCCUCCGGUUGUACAAGAGACGGGAGAGGGGCAAACGUGUCCUCGCGGCGGAAAGCGCACGUGGGUAACCACAGAACGUUCGGAGAAUGACGAAGAAGAGACGAAGGAAGGGGAGGAGGAGGACGAGGAGGAGGAGCUGGAGGAGGUUGCGGUGCUCCCCCUGGCAACGGAGGAGCAGCCAACAGUACACUUCUCCAUGGCAUGUGAGGUUCCAUACAUGAUGCACUGCUGGAGUGCGACCAUUAUGAUACGAGAAAGUGAUCUUUGCAUCUUUUUUGACGAUGAGAACAAGGCGUAUAAUCAGCGAAUCGCUCAAGAGGCCGAGUCCUUGCUGCUAAAGCCAGGCAGUAUCAUUUAUCCCUCGGGUCAUGUGAGAAUGCUGGCGCCAGGUCGCCGGUUUCGAAUGCAGCGCAGUGCGGUUGAAAUAUGGUUCCUUGAUGGGAGGAGUGUGUUGAUAAACUUCACCACCAUUCCAGACAUGCGCGCCGCUGUGAGCAACAUAAGUACCGCGGCAGAGAGACAUAAAGUGCCCUAUUUACCCUUGUGCAUUUUCCAUCUGAAUCCCAAGAAGGACCCACGGCUCUGGCGAUGCAUGGGACAGUGGCGUGAGCGAGAAAUAUCCAAUUUUGACUACUUGCUAUGGUUAAAUUUCUUCGGUGGUCGCACCCUUAACGACCUCACUCAGUACCCGAUCUUUCCAUGGGUUAUUGCUGACUACACCAGUGACGAAUUAGAUCUAGAGAGCAGUUCCACGUUCCGUGAUCUUACGCUCCCUGUAGGCGUAUGUGGAGGUCCACAGUCACGCACACGUGUGGAGAUGCGGUACGAGUUAACUAAACAACUUGGGGAUGCUCCGGCGCACUACUUCACACACUAUAGUUCCUCUGCCGUAGUGCUUUAUUACCUGAUUCGUAUGGAGCCCUUUACCACUUUGCAGGUUAUCUUGCAAGGUGGCCACUUUGAUCAUGCGGAUCGCAUGUUUCAUUCGAUAGCUGCUUGCUGGCAUGGGGUGACGACGAAUUCACAGGAUGUGCGAGAAGUUAUUCCGGAGCUUUUUUAUAUGCCAGAAAUUUGUAUGAACACCAAUCGUGUCCGGUUUGGUUGUAAACAAGGCGGAGAAGCGAUGGAUGCACUUGAAUUACCACCAUGGUCUCAUGGGGACCCCUACGAGUUUAUUUACCGAAUGCGAGAGGCUUUGGAAAGCGACUAUGUCUCCUCAAUGCUGCAUCACUGGGUUGAUUUGAUUUUUGGCUACAAGCAGCGGGGCAAGGAGGCGAUUGCCGCACUCAACUUGUUUAACUGGCACUCGUAUGAGGAGCUGGAUAAGAGCCGUGGGGAUGACGUGGAUCGUCAACUGCUUAUUGACUCCCUGGACAACAUUGGGCAAACCCCCAUUCAACUCUUCACGCAGCCUCACGUUGCGCGACGUCCCCGCGAUGUGCUAGAUCCAGUACGUUGUUCCUUGAGUGUGAAGACGGCUGAUGUUUGGCGCUUGUGUCCCUGCGUGGCGCGCGUGGCGCUAAUCGCAUCCGAUCGUGUUCUUGUCGUGGGUGGAAGUGGGACCGCUCUACUUUUUCACCUUCUCUUGUCUCCGCCCGCGGAACGGGCGAAGCGCACCUCAGCCGCGGGUUCUCUUGCGGUGGCAGCGGCGGCGUUAGGGGACGUCGCCGUCGUCAUUUCCACCGGGGGUGGGUCUUCUCGACCCAGCUCGAGUGCGGACGUUUUGCUGGAGCUUAAGCGUCGUACUGCGCCUCUUCCCACCGGCGUGGUGCCAAACACUAGCAAAAGGGUCGGUGGUCCGUGUGAGACGGAAAAUGUGGCGGUGCUUUCCUUCGAUGGCGAGGCAUUUGUGGCAUUUGGUGGCCUCUUCGACAACACCUUUGUGAUCCGCCCCCUGGACUCCCCCUCCGUCUUUGCGGAGGAGCGCUUAAGCGCGCAUCGUGGUCGUGUCAUUCGCAUCGCGGCGAGCAUCGACAGUCGCUACAUCGUGAGCGGCGCGGAGGACACCACCUUCAUUGUGUGGAGCUGCCACUUGCAGCAGGGACGUGGCAGGCUGCGCGUGGAGCUGCUCUUCACGGUGUACGGGCACGAAGACAAUCCAACCGCCGUGGACCUCAGUCCCGCGCUUGACCUCGUCGCCACCGCCAGCAGGGACGGUGUGCUUAUGCUCCACAGUCUUGCGAGCAGCCGACUCGAGCGCAGUCUGCGGCACCCGAAGAAGUUUGCCAUUGACCGCGUGCUCAUUCAAUCGACGUGUUACCUGCCAAACAUUUUAUACGUCUCUGCGGUGGAUCACGUUAUACAUCAGAUUAGCAUCAACGGUGUGGCGCUGCGGUCAGUGACCGCGCCGGGGCGUAUUACGAGCUGGUGCACCACACCAAAGCAGCAUAUUCUUGUGACGACUGUGCCGUUUACAAAUUCGAACGCAUCCGAGGAAUCGGGCGCGAUGGUGCACUUCCUCCAUGGCUUUUACCUCGCCUUGUUGAAAUCUGUGCCGUGCCCGUCGAGAAGUUCCUGUAGCACACUGACGUGCUGCACGGUUCAUCCCUCCAACUCGCAGGUGAUUGUGUGCGGUUCCUCUGAGGGGUUCUUGUGUCUUUUGUGUCUUGAGCCGUGA